AUGGCAGCCGUGGAGGUAGAGGACGAAGCCGAGGGUUUCACAGAGGAAGAGGCCAUGGUCGUGGAUGGCACUCAAGACCAACCUCGUGUGACUGAAGGAGAUAAGCAGCAUAAGGGAAUACAAUGCUUUGGGUGCAAGAGAUAUGGGCAUAUAAAAUCUCAGUGUCAUUACAAGAACAUGGAAGCAAACCUAGCUGAAGACACAAAAGACAACAAGGAGGCUGAUGAAGGACUGUUGUUCAUGGCUUCUAGUGAAGAUUUAAGUGAAGGAGGAGGUGAUGGUAAAAUCCUGCAAGUUAGUGGGAUUGGCUCCAUUGCUCUUCGCUCCGGCUGUGGGAGAACAAACACUCUGACCAAUGUGCAGUACGUGCCUCAUCUCACACACAACUUGUUGAGUGUCGGGCAGCUAAUGAGCACUGGAUAUUCAGUGGAAUUCGCAGAAGCAAAUGAUGUUGGAGCAGCAAAUGCAGCUCAAAGUGGAGAAGAACUAUCUGAGAUCUAG